CGGCGGCCUCCUGGCAGCACCUCGAGGUGCCGGGGGCCGCCGCCGGGCCCUGGCGCCUCCCCGGUGCCCGCAAGCGGCCGGCGUUGGCCGCCGCCGCCGCGUCCCCGAGCCAGGUGGCCAUGGCCUCCUUCUCCUCGCCCGCGCCGCCCGCGGAGAAACGCCGCCUCACCAUCUUCAACCGCAUCCAGGGUGGGAACAUCUACAGGCUCGGCGCGGCGCUGGAGGAAGGCGGCCGGGUGGCGGCACGAGGAGCUCGCUCGGCGGGGCCGGGACGGCGCGGACACCGGCAGCCGGGGUCGGCGGCGGCCCCUCGGAGCCGGCGGCGCCUCCGUUGGUGAUUCCCGUCUCCGUGCCCGUGCCGGCGGGGAGCCAGGUCCCCGGGAUGGCGAGCGCGGUGGUGCCGAGGGAGCCGCCGGGAGGCUCGCAGCCGGCGAGGAAGAGGAGGAGGAGGAAGAGUCGGCCGCUGCCCCAGCCCCUGCUCAUCCCCCCGCCGCCCCCCGAGGCGCAGCCGGGGCCGGGGGGGCUCUACCAGAGCAACCUGCGCUCCCCCGUGCUGCUGGUGGACCAGCUGCUGAGGGACCUGGUGCAGCGCUCCCCCUACACCCCGCCUCCCAUGCUCAGCCCCGUGCGGGAAGGAUCCGGCCUCUACUUCAGCGCCGUCUGCUCGCCCUCGGCUCCCGGCGACCCCCGGCAGCUGCUCAGCGCCGUGCUAGACCGCAUGGACCGAGACUUCGGGCUGUGCCUCGUGGCGGACAGCGCCAAAAUCAGCGUCGAGCCCCACAUCAACGUCGGGAGCCGCUUCCAGGCCGAGAUCCCGGCCCUGCGGCCGCGGCCGGGCGGCGACGAGCGGGCGGCGGCGGCUCUGGUGUGGAAGCCCUGGGGAGACAUCGCCACGAACCGGGACACUCAGGACCGAG